CAAUUGGUCCUAUGUCUUCAUUUCGAGAUACCUCAUUUACGAUCCCAAUGCCACCUAGCUAACAGAAAACCUAGAACAAACCCCUCAAAGAGCGUCUGAACCCUACGGCCCUAAAGGAAACCCUCAAAACCAAAGUCCCCACCCUCUCCCACGAAAACAUCUACACAAUCCCCAACCUCCUCACCUUCUCCCGCCUCGCCGCAACUCCCCUAAUCGGCUACCUAAUCGUAACCAACCAAGCCCUCCCAGCCUUCAUCCUCUUCGUCUACGCCGGCUUCUCGGACCUCCUCGACGGCUGGAUCGCACGCAAAUACCACCUCCAAACUGUCGUUGGCAGCGUCGUGGACCCCAUGGCCGACAAAGCCCUCAUGACCACCCUCGUCGCCUGCCUCGCCGUCAACGGCGCGCUGGCCCUCCCCCUCGCUACCCUCAUCCUUGGCCGCGACAUCAGCCUCGCCGUCGCAGCCAUAUACUACCGCUACGCUUCACUCCCGGCGCCGAAGACGCUCGCGAGGUACUGGGACUUCAGCCUCCCGUCCGCAGAGGUGCAUCCCACCACCGUGUCGAAACUAAACACGUUCCUCCAACUCGUUCUCAUCGGCACCACAAUGUGCGUAGCGCUUCUCCACGACCCCGCCGCCCCCUCAUCCCUCACCUCUAUCCAAUCCAUGCUCGGGGGCCCCGAGGGUGUGGAGAAGUUGGUGGGCGGGAUGGGCGCGGUGGUCGCGGCCACGACGGUGUAUAGUGGGCUUAGCUAUGUGUGGUUAAAGGACGCCGUGAAGAUUCUCGGCGAUGAUGAGGCGUUGAAGAGGAGGCAGGGGAGGACAGGGAGGAUGGUUAUUGGAGGCUGCUUUGGGGGGUUUAUUGUGGCCGCUGCGUGGCUUGCUUGGAAGGAGUGGGAGAGAAAAGGGGAUGAGGAGGAGGAGAGUGGUGGGAAGUGAGGUGAAUGGUAGUCACAUUUCUGCAUCGCCUUUGUAAGAAAGAAAAUUAAAAGUAAGAGACUGAGGGGGAAAUGGAGUGGAAUGGACACGGUCAUUAUCCUGUGUCUGGGGAUAGGUCUUCUUCUUUUCUUCCCCAUGUAUCAUAGCGGUUCCUCUUAUCUUGUUUCUCUAGCUUUUUCCCAGACGUGCCAUACACGCUUUUCACAUUUGUUCCCAUUGCUGGGGCUGUAUACAUAUACUUAAGCUACUUUUAGACCGGGUCGGUCAAUAUGAGAUAUUCAACGGAGAGAGUAAGGGCGAGAGGAAACAUCAAGCGGAAAGAAGCCCAGAGACUAAAAUAAUCACCAAGGGGUGGGCCCGGCACACAACAGAGGAAUUCACGGUCAAAAUUAAAUGGGACUUUGGUCGAAAUUGC